AUGAGAUGGUAUCCUACAGAAGCACAUCGUUGGUUUGAUGAAAACCAUACCGGCUAUGUUUUUCAUUCUACGAUUCCCCUUGCCAAACUCCAUGACGUAAACGAACGGUUUAUUGUAAACGGAGAGCUUAUGAUCGUUGCCGAGGUAGAUAUUCUUCAAGUUAUUGGCACCUCAGGGGAAUCUGAAGAAACAAAUCCUCUUAAAAAUCUUAAGGUAGAAUCUGGGAGCUCUGUUUCUGAAAGACACCAAGACGUUGCAGAGCUUUCCAUUGAUGAUCUUGUCGAAGCAGAGAAUGCAGUGGCUUACAUGAAAAGUUCAGGCGUUAAUGUGGAUUGGUUGGCGAAAAAGCUCGAGGAAAUCAAGGAAAAUAAAGAGAUUUCUGGUAGUUGA